ACCCGCUCACAACGGCACAGUGUCACGCGCGCGCGCCAGUCCGGGUGCGCCACCCAAGUCAACCACCGCCCGCUCUCUCUCCCCCUUCAAAACGCCCCCACCCAAAGCCACCGCACCUCGCCACCACCGCCCCAAGAAUAGCACCCGCGUUUCAUGCGCUGAUCGACCGAUCGACCCACCAGCUAAGCCACCCGCAGCCGCGGGGCGAGCCAAGCCCACCGCCGCAGCCGCAGCCACAGCCAUGUACUCGGCGAACCACUGGGGCGGGUCGUUCGAGAUCGCCGCGGACGGCGCGGCGGAGGAUGACCACAGCCGCAACAUGGACCUGGACCGCGGCGCGCUGUCGGCGCGGCAGCACCAGCUGGACGAGACGCAGCAGAGCUGGCUGCUCGGCCCGCCGGAGGCCAAGAAGAAGGACAAGUACGUCGACCUCGGCUGCGUCGUCGUCAAGCGCAAGCUCCUCUGGUGGGUCCUCUGGACCCUCCUCGCCGCCUUCAUCCUCAUCGGCCUCCCCGUCAUCAUCGCCAAGUCCAUCCCCAAGAAGAAGCCCCACGCCCCUCCCCCCGACCAGUACACCGACGCCCUCCACAAGGCCCUCCUCUUCUUCAACGCCCAGAAAUCCGGCCGGCUCCCGAAGAACAACGGCAUCAAAUGGCGCGGCAACUCCGGCCUGUCGGAUGGCUCCGAUCUGACGGACGUCAAGGGCGGGCUCGUCGGCGGCUACUACGACGCCGGCGACAACAUCAAGUUCCAUUUCCCCUUGGCCUUCUCCAUGACAAUGCUCAGCUGGUCAGUGAUCGAGUACAGCGCCAAGUACAAGGCGGUAGGGGAGUAUGACCAUGUGAGGGAGCUCAUCAAGUGGGGCACCGACUACCUGCUCCUCACCUUCAACUCCUCUGCUUCCACCAUUGACAAAGUCUAUAGCCAGGUGGGCAUUGCGAAGAUCAACGGCACCCAGCCGGACGACCACUACUGCUGGAACCGGCCGGAGGACAUGGCGUACCCACGCCCCGUCCAGACGGCCGGCUCGGCGCCGGACCUCGGCGGCGAGAUGGCGGCGGCGCUCGCGGCGGCCUCCAUCGUGUUCCGCGACAACGCCGCCUACUCCAAGAAGCUCGUGAACGGCGCGGCCGCCGUGUACAAGUUCGCGCGCAGCAGCGGCCGCCGCACCCCGUACUCCCGCGGCAACCAGUACAUCGAGUACUACUACAACUCCACCAGCUACUGGGACGAGUACAUGUGGAGCGCGGCGUGGAUGUACUACGCCACGGGGAACAACACCUACAUCACCUUCGCCACCGACCCGCGGCUGCCCAAGAACGCCAAGGCCUUCUACAGCAUCCUCGACUUCUCCGUCUUCAGCUGGGACAACAAGCUGCCGGGCGCCGAGCUGCUGCUGUCGCGGCUCCGCAUGUUCCUCAACCCGGGUUACCCCUACGAGGAGUCGCUCAUCGGGUACCACAACACCACCAGCAUGAACAUGUGCACCUACUUCCCGCGCUUCGGCGCCUUCAACUUCACCAAGGGUGGGCUCGCGCAGUUCAACCACGGGAAGGGCCAGCCGCUGCAGUACACCGUCGCCAACUCCUUCCUCGCCGCGCUCUACGCCGACUACAUGGAGUCCGUCAACGUCCCCGGCUGGUACUGCGGCCCCUACUUCAUGACCGUCGACGAUCUCCGCUCCUUCGCCAGGUCUCAGGUGAACUACAUUCUUGGGGAUAACCCGAAGAAGAUGAGCUACGUGGUGGGGUACGGCAAGAAGUACCCGCGGCGGCUGCACCACAGGGGGGCGUCGACGCCGCACAACGGCAUCAAGUACUCGUGCACCGGCGGGUACAAGUGGAGGGACACCAAGGGGGCCGACCCGAACGUGCUCGUCGGCGCCAUGGUCGGCGGGCCGGACAAGAACGACCAGUUCAAGGACGCGCGCCUCACCUACGCGCAGAACGAGCCGACGUUGGUGGGCAACGCCGGCCUCGUGGCCGCCCUCGUCGCCCUCACCAACAGCGGCCGCGGCGCGGGCGUCACCGCCGUCGACAAGAACACCAUGUUCUCCGCCGUGCCGCCCAUGUUCCCGGCCACGCCGCCGCCGCCGUCCAAGUGGAAGCCGUGAGAGAGAAUUCAAUCCAACCGGCCGGCCAAGUACAUCGCCGUGCCUAGUGGUUCCGAAGGUGUUUGAUUAGAUCAACGAGGUGUUUCGGUUCGUUUGGUCAUACAGUUUUUGGUGAUCACGCAAUUCUUUUGUAUUAUACACGUUAACUUCGGCAAAAUCGAUACUGUGGAUGAUGGAAUGCUUUAUGCAUGACCUGUAGAUGAAAGAUGUUUUCUUCAUAUAAAUUAUGAUCACGGUGGAUGAAUCAACAGAUGUGAUUACAAAUA